AUGGCACCUCUCAGCACUAUUCUUGUUGUCGCGCUUUUGGCCAUCGGCGGCGUCGACGCCAAACAAAAAGACAAGGUCUCAUACUCGCGAUACCUCGAAGGCGACUGCCAUGGACAUCCUAUCUCGGGGGAUAUCGACGAUCUCAAGCUGAAGAAAUACCAAAUGAGCAAAUGCGAAGAUAUUACAGGAAACGGUGUCCGAUUCCAUAAGCACGGCAAGAACAAGUACAGCAAGUGGAUCAAUGACGUGAGUGAUGGGCAAAUCGAAUGCUUCGCUACUUUGUAUCACGGCCAUGGCUGCGACCGGAAGAACGCUAUAAACAACGCUUCUCUCCCCGGGGACUUCACCAAGUGCAACCCUAUAAAUGCGGCAACCGGAUCAAUCCAGUUCUGGUGCCGUCCAAACCGCGCCUGGUACGGCCUAGCACUCCCAAGAGAAGUCGAAUUGGCCGUGACCUCCUACUCCAUUGCCGGCGAUGGCAAGGCCUACCCUUCGGUAUACACGACUGCGUUCAACGCUACUCGCCAUGUGUACCACCAACCUGUGGACUACGUCACCGAGACUGUCACCGAGAUUGAUCAAGUCACGAUGGCCGCGCCCAAGCUCAAUGCUCGUGCCGAGCCCACCCAUAAGGCGGCACUUGAACCGCGCAAGAAGAAGCACAACGAGAAGGGCGUCUGGAUGAGACAUCCGUGGACAGAAUCUGAGCUCUGCUUCAAGUGCUGGACCAAAAAGGAACUCGAUUACGGCAAGUUCUCCUGCCGCUCUGGCCAUAACGACAAGUACGCUAUCGACUGCGGCCCGAAGCCAGCUCCAGUCCCCCCGACCAGUACGCACACCAUCACAUACACCCGCAGUAUUGAGUUCUGGCCUACAACGACGGACCAGUUCUCCAUGACGCCUACAACGACGGACCAGGUCACCACAACGACUACGACGGACCAGGUCACCGUAACGGCUAGUCCGGCAGCCGUCAAUGAGAAACGCUCACCGCACAAGGCGGUCGUCCUGCAUCAUCCGUGGCUGCCGGGCAAGAUGGUGUGCGCCGAUGCUGAAUGGGAGAACUCUGGCAAAAGCAAGGCCGAGGUACGCAUUCAGAAGAUCAAGGUGUUUGAGAAAUGUGCGAAGAAGAACGCAUUCAACAUCGACAUCGGUAUUGCGGAGUAUACUCAAACUUCUAUCGCGACUUCCACGGUAAGUAUCACUCAGACUACUCCUCCUGCCUGGGUAACUCCUCGCACUACUACCCGCGCCCCUCCCCAGUGA